AUGAUUAAUAAUAAUAAUAAACAAAAUAACGAUUUUAAUGAAAUUAACGUUAACGAUAAUGGAAGAAGAAUAGAAUAUUCACGAUCAAAUUUAGAACAAAAUCGUAAAUCAAGAACAAAUAACAAUAAAAAUAAAAAUAACAAUCACAAUAAUAAAAGAAGAUAUAAUGCAUUAACUUUUAUUCCCCUUACAUCAGAAAAACGAUAUUCAACGACAACUGAACUUCAUAAAUUAUUUUAUGAAAAUUAUCCGAUAUCCAAAAUUAAUUUUGAUGAAAUUUUUAAACCUGAAGAUUGGGGAAUGACGAUUGAUAAGAAGAAUGAUAAUGUCAAAAAGAAUGAUAAGAAGAAUGAUAAUGGUAAAAAGAAUGAUAAGAAGAACGAUAAGAACGAAAUUUCGUUCGCAACAUCUAGAAAAAAUUUAGUUGCUAUUAAAAAUGCGGUCGCUUCAUCAAGUAAAAAUUCAUUUAGUAAAAAUUUACUUGAUAAAAAUUUACCUGGUAAAAAUUCAUCCACUAAAA